CCACUGGUACGGCUGAUUACGUUGUUAGCUGUCAGUGAGGAAGAGUGUGCAACAACCGAGCAUAAACAACGCGGUGAUGGCAGGUAUCUGUCCGGGCAUGUUGCUAGUUGUUCACAUUGGCAAUUAAUAAUAGAUCACAUAACACAACAACUGUAUACUAGUUGGAAUUGUAUCGCCGUUGAGCAGGAAUGUGGAUUUUAUCGUUCGCUAGAUUGAUCCGUGGUCUUAAACGCCUCCACUCUCCAGUCCCAUGGGUGUCUGAAUUCAGUUGACCAUUGAGGUGGACAGGAUAAAACAGGCAUGGGCGUCGUUAACUUCUUAUUUUGUACCAUUGGAAAAUGUUUCGAAAUAGCCUGCUUCCUGCUGGAUUUAAAUUUUGUCAUUGUGCAUUCCCUGAUCCGGCUUUUGGUUGGCUUCAUUUCCUUCAUACAUCACCUACCAAUGGUGCUCACAAACUCUGUGAUAGAAUGCUGGAACCUCACCCUGGUCUGCCUGUUCACCAUGUCGGAAGGGGUGUCAGUAUUGACUCACAACCUGGCUGGGGGUGGACAGCAGCUCAUAGGAGGGGUGGUGGAAAGUUGUAAGAUGGUAGGCUACCUUGCCUCCCAUGUACUCCUGCGAACCAGGGACCUUCUACACCGUGGGCUGCUUUCUGGACACAGCGUGUUGAAGCAUGUAUGGGAGGGCUGUGGCAUUGCCCUUAGCCUGGUAGUCUAUUUGGCCAACACUAUUGUGAACUUGCUGCUGAUCAGUACGCAGAAUCUCUACACUGUGCUCGUCAGCCUGUGGGAGACAGUCCUCUGUCCCUUACAGAACAUCUUGGAACUGACCUUGGCGGUGUUCAGCUUCGUCUAUAGCACUCUGGUCGGGGCCUCGGCCUUCCUGUGGACGCCAUGCCUGUCGGCUGUGGAGUUUCUGGCCUCCCUCGGCCACAUCUUUGUCAGCAUUUUCCUGUUGAAUUUCUACGGACUGUUGUUCACUGUGGGCGUUGUGGCGAGCACCACGAUAUACCUGAACCCUGAGCUGUCGAGACGGCAAGCCAACCGCCUCACCCACUACAUCAGCACAGUGCCCUCCCUUCGCCAUCUGCAGGUGCCUCUCCAUCGCGUGUAUGUGCUAGAGAGGAACCUGCGGCAGAGGAUGGCCGCGUGGCACGGCAGCCGGCACCAAGUUGGCCGACGUGCAGUGCGGACAGAUGGGGACGGGGAUGCAGGGCAGCCGGAGAUAUUACCGGAGCAGAGGGUGCCCGCAGGGAACGCCGCCGGUGGUGACGGACAGCCCGCGCGGGACCUCGCACGCCAACCUCUCGCACGCCAGCCACCGCCGGCGCCGGCCGGGCACUCCUCCGAGCGCCUCCUGCCGAGCUCCAGCACGAGCAGGCCACUGCAGACGGCAGACGAGGGCAGCGGCCUCAAGCCGAGUCUGUCUCCAGAGGUCGACUCCGGCCUCCUCAACCUGCUGCAGGAGCAGGAGGAGCGCAAGAAGUGCGUCAUCUGCCAGGACAGCUUCAAGACGGUGGUGCUGCUGCCCUGCCGCCACCUCUGCCUGUGUCGCAGCUGUACGGACAUUUUGCUCGCCCAGCCGGUGUACCACCGCAACUGCCCGCUCUGCCGACACAUGAUCUUCCAGACCAUGGACGUGUAUCUCUGAUGGACCAGUGGCCUCGGCCAGCUUUGCUUUGCGUCUUAAUGCCAAGCGAGAUAUCGCUGUUGUUGAGAGCUUUCUAGGGUGUGGAGUAGCAAUCUCAGGCUAAUAGCUGAUAGUGCAGGGGCUUGAUGAAGAUGGAUCACACACUGUGGAUUGUUGGCCUGCCAUUCUUGGCCUUUCAGCACUGUCAGUAUGAACACUUUCUUAUUUGAAACCAAACCGUAAACAAACAAGCAAAAGAAAACCUAUGGCCAACUUUGUAAGAUGUGAAUCUAGCCUACAUAUUUUGUACCCAUAGUAAUGCUUGCAAUAGUUUUAUACUCCUUGUGUGGUGGAGGACUGCAUGAAUGAGGGUCAGUAUGAGUGAGAACUAAUUCGGUGCAUAUGCACUUCCAAACACAUAUGCACCGAUGAUUUAUUUCUUAAUUUGUGCUUCUUUCUUACAAUGGUAUCAUUUAUUUUUGAUAUUAUGAUGUGUUAAGGUAUUCCACUGUUAUGUAUUUGUUUUUCUCAACAAUCAGAUUUUUGUGUCUCAUGAACAGGUUGACACCAUGUUGGAAGGGGUUCUGUACCUUUGAUCAGUGUUGUGUUUUUGUUUCAUAUUCACACACUAGGGAACACGGUGACUGUAGAUCAUGAAAUGCUUUGUUUUUCAUGUAAUUUCUCUCAGUGCUUAAUAGUAUCCCUACAUUAUUUGAAAAAAUAAUCAGAAAUGUGAAAAACAGAAUAUGAAACGGAUUGUUGAUAUAUGAACGUGAGCGUGAACAAUUUUCAUUUGCCUUAAGAAGCAUAUGCUACUUGACGAGUAGACAAAACAAAACAUGCCACCAUGGCCUAGCAGUAGUCUUUGGUAGUUUUCACUGCUUUGGUCAAUUUCAGAAAUGUAAGUUUAUGGUUCUGACUCAAACAUCACUGGUAAUUCAGAGUGGGCAGCCCUCGUUUACAUUCCGUUGCAAGAGGAGAGGAAGAAGAUGCAUUUUUAUUUGACUUGUUUACCUAUCCUGUGUACUAUAGAAAAAAAGAUGGACAUAUUUUUAAGUUGAUCAAAACAUUUUAAAGUGAGAGAAAUCCAUGCUUCCAAACACUUGUGUAAACACUAUCUAUACUAUAAUCUCUCCUUGAGGUAUGGUUUUGUAUAGUUAAAACAUGUUGUUAAUUUCUUGCACAGUGCCUUGACAUUGUCAAAUAUUUGAGGGAUCAUAAUGUUAUCUGGUGAUGAUAACAAGGACGGAUUCAACAAAAGCAAACUUCAGAAGUUUAUCUGGGAUCAGGGACCUUAAAUACAGCUUUGAGCCGUUUAUGUAUUACUUUGUAUUCAGAAGGUGUGAAGGUGAUGAGAAUGUACGUGAUGUGAAAACACUCAAUAAAAGAUAUCUAGAUUUA